AUGUCAACCGCUCGCCAGCAACCGCCAUGGAACCAGCCCCAGCUGCACCCUGAAUCCGCUUCGCGUCUACCUCCCUUGAAGAUUUACAACUCUCUUACCCGAUCGAAAGUCCCAUUCGUUCCUCUUGAUCCCAUUGGCCGAAAAGUUACUUGGUAUGCCUGUGGGCCGACAGUCUACGAUGAUGCGCAUCUAGGCCAUGCCAGAAACUAUGUCACCAACGAUAUUCUACGGCGAAUAAUGCGCGAUUAUUUUAAAUUCGAUGUUGAGUUUAUUAUGAAUAUCACAGAUGUGGAUGAUAAGGUAGGCCGACAACAUCACUUUUUUACCGAAUUUGUAAAUUCACAUCCCAUAAUUGAUGAUGAAGUUACUAAGAUAGUUCGCUCGGCAUUCGCCGCUUUCCUAGAACGGAACCUUCCACUCCUUGAGGCUAGACUAGCCCCCGAGCGCUAUGGGGAGGAGGCAGAAAAGGUGUACGCUGCCAUCCUGAAUGGCGCAGCUCUUGAUGGAAGCGAAAAGCCUGGGGAUGAAGAAGCGAAGUUGAAAAUGAAAAUAAAAACCGCGUCAUCUGCAGCGAAUGCACUCACAAAAGUAUCGUCUACGAAGGAAAGCAUCCUAAGCGAAACAUUCUAUAAUGAUGUCCAGGAUGUACUCCUAGAAUACCUUGAUUCAAUUCAUGGAUCGUCCAUACGUGGAGAAGACCGUUCAAUCUUCACCAAAUUAACGAAGAAGUACGAGGAUCGCUUUAUGCAGGAUGUUCGGGAUCUAAACGUCUUAGACCCAGACACUGUCACCCGAGUAACAGAAUACAUGCCAGAGAUUGUAAGCUUCGUUGAAAGAAUUGUCAAGCAUAAAUUCGGCUAUGUUACUUCUGAUGGAUCUGUUUAUUUUGAUAUUACCGCCUUCGAGGCUGCGGGGAAUAGUUAUGCCAGAUUGGAGCCCUGGAAUCGGCAUGAUACGAAACUUCAUGCGGAGGGAGAAGGAGCUCUAACAAAAAAGACAAUGGAAAAGCGUUCUGCUGCAGACUUCGCUCUUUGGAAAGCGUCAAAAGCUGGCGAGCCUAGCUGGCCAAGCCCCUGGGGUGAUGGCCGCCCUGGUUGGCAUAUCGAAUGCUCAGCGAUGGCAUCUGCCAAGCUUGGGAAGCAGAUGGAUAUCCAUUCCGGUGGAAUAGAUCUGGCAUUUCCACAUCAUGACAACGAGCUGGCUCAAAGUGAAGCUUACUGGCAUGAAACCUGCGCUCACGGCCAUUGGGUUAAUUACUUCCUACAUAUGGGACAUCUUUCUAUUCAGGGCUCGAAGAUGUCGAAAUCGCUCAAAAACUUCACUACAAUCCGGGAGGCUCUGGAUAAAGGGGACUGGACACCUAGAAGCCUUCGAAUAGUGUUCCUAUUAAGUGCAUGGAAGGAUGGAAUUGAAAUCACCGAGGACCUCAUCAAUGCUGGGAAUGCCUGGGAAGAAAAAGUGAACAACUUUUUCAUCAAAUCCAGAGACGUAGUGGGACAGCCAGACGUUGCUCCGGGUUCAGCAGAUAACACUUUAGCCGUCGCCCUUGAAUCCGCACAGGAUGCUGUUCAUCAAAGCUUGUGUGAUUCGUUUAACACUGCUGGUGCGAUGUAUGCAAUAUCCGAGCUUAUAUCCAAAUAUAACAUCGCUGAUAAAUCCACGAUACCAACCAAGCACAUCCAGGAGGCUGCCAUGUGGGUUACUUCAAUGGUCAACGUAUUCGGUCUUAAUGGUAGCGCUCCGCCAACCCCAACUGAAAUUGGCUGGUCAGGCAUUGAUAUCCCAGAUGCUGCAAAACCUUAUCUCUAUCCUUUGUCUACAAUGCGGGAUUCUCUUCGGGAAGCCGCCAGAGCGAAGGACGGAAUAUCAGAGGAUACCUUAAAGUCCAUUGUUGAAAUAGGGACCGCAGCAAUUCAGCGAAACUCAGGGGUGGCCGAAGCGGAGGCGGGAAUUUACAAGAAUGUCCUAUUGGAUUUUUCCACGAAGAUAUCCUCCCUGGAGAAAACUAACUCUAUUUCAAAGGAAAUCCUUACUCUCUGCGACCGCGUUCGUGACGUAGACCUAUUUGACCUUGGAAUCUACCUUGAGGACCGUGAUAACCAACCCGCCCUCGUUCGUCCAAUCAGCAGAGAACUAAUCCAGACACGUGAGGAGAAGGCGGCUCGGGCUCUCCAAAAGCAAAUAGAAAAAGAAAACAAAGAGAAGGAGGCACUAAAGAAAGCUGAGAAGGGCAGAAUCAGCCACUUCGAUCUAUUCCGGAACAGUGAGUACAGUGCUUGGGACGAGGAUGGGCUGCCGACCAGAGACGCAGCUGGAGAAGAGAUUACAAAGAGCAGAAGCAAGAAACUGAGGAAAGAUUGGGAAAGACAGAAAAAGGCGCAUGAGGCAUGGCUAAUGAGCAAUAAAGGAAAUAUUUCAUAG